AUGGCCAAGCCCGACCCCCUGACCUACUCAACUGAAACUUUCAUCGCGGGCCUGCAUGACACCAAACCCCCCGUAACCUUCGACCCAUUGGCAUGGGAAGCUCUCGCAAAAGAGCGUCUCUCGGCCGACAGCUUUGGCUACGUCUGGGGCUCAGCAGGAACCAGACAGACAGACGAUAACAAUCGUGCCGCGUUCAAGAAAUGGGGCAUCGUACCCUCGCGAUUAGUCAAGGCUAAUUUCACGAAUCUGAAAACCACUUUAUUUGGGGACGAGUACGAGUAUCCUCUCGCCCUGGCACCUGUGGGCGUGCAGAGGAUUUUCCAUCAGGAGGGUGAAUCAGCGGCUGCGAAGGCCGCAGGGGAGGAAGGCGUCACGUUUAUAUUGAGCACGGCGACGUCAACAAGCCUCGAGAAUGUUGCGAAGGCAAACAGAGACGGGCCAAGAUGGUACCAGCUCUAUUGGCCCAGCAACGAGCAUCACGACAUCACGGCUAGUCUGCUGAAAAGAGCCAAAGAGAAUGGAUAUAAGGUGCUUGUUGUAACAUUGGAUACGUAUAUGCUCGGCUGGCGGCCUAGUGAUCUCGACAAUGGUUAUAAUCCGUUUCUACGCAACGAUAACAUCGGUGUGGAGAUAGGAUUUUCGGAUCCCGUUUUCCGGAAACGAUUCAAGGAGAAGCAUGGAGCCGAGGUGGAGGAGGAUGUUGGGAAGGCAGCACAGGAAUGGGCGCAUACAAUCUUCCCGGGUACAAGCCACGGGUGGGAGGAUAUCAGCUUCUUAAAGGAGCAUUGGGAUGGGCCAAUUGUGUUGAAAGGAAUUCAGACAGUCGCUGACGCAAAGAGGGCUAUUGAGGUCGGCGUGCACGGCAUUGUGGUAUCCAACCACGGCGGGAGGCAGCAAGAUGGUGGAGUUGGGUCUCUCGAGGUAUUGCCUGAGAUUGUGGAUGCAGUCGGCCAGAAGAUUGAAGUCUUAUUUGAUUCUGGCGUCAGAUGCGGUGCUGAUAUCGCCAAGGCGCUUGCCUUGGGAGCAAAGAUGGUGCUCGUAGGGAGACCGUACGUCUACGGACUGGCCAUCAGUGGACAGGAAGGGGUGAGGCAUGUUAUCAGGAGCCUGCUGGGGGAUCUACAGUUGAUUUUACAUCUGUCAGGGGUCCCGGACAUUUCGAGCAGGAAACUCAAUCGGGAAGUUUUAAGGCGGAUUCUGUAA